AUUGCAACCCACAUGGUCACCGUUGCAGCAUGCGUCCGGCGCCGAGUUCAACAAUGAGUAAAUUAAAGAGUAAAAAGAGGAAUAUCGACGAGAACGAAGAUGAACAGCUGCCCAUCUUUGAGAAGGACAGCGGUAAAGACGGUCAUUUAGACGAUGAUGACGAUGACUACGAAGGUCAAGCUGAUCUCUCGGACAGUGAAGAGAGUGUCUUCUCUGGACUUGAAGAAUCAGGGAGCGACAGCGAUGAUGAGGAGGAUGAAGAAGAAGAUGACGAUAAUGUUUCUGGGCUAAAGAGCUCUGAUGUAGAGGAAGAUGAGAGGACUGGUGAAGAUGUUCAGCUGUCCACAAAGGAUAUUACAGAACCUCAGAGUGACAGCAAAGGUUCAAAGGACAAAAAGAAGAAGAAGAAGAAGUCUUCAGGAGAGAAGAAGGAAGAUGAGAGUGUGACCAUGACGUCACAGAGAGACGAAGGCCUUAAGAUUUUAUCUCAUGUGGAUGAAUACGAGCGGGACUCAUCGGAUGAGGAGGACAUUCGUAACACCGUCGGCAACAUUCCCAUGGAGUGGUAUAAAGAUUAUCCUCACAUCGGAUACGACCUGGAUGGCAAAAAGAUCUUUAAGCCAAUCAGAAACAAGGAUGAGCUGGACGAGUUUCUGGACAAGAUGGAAAAUCCAGAUUAUUGGCGCACCGUUCAGGACAAGAUGACGGGCGCAGACAUUCGUCUAUCAGAUGAGCAGGUUGAACUGGUGCGGCGGCUGCAGCAGGGCAAGUUUGGAGACGUCAACUUCAACGAAUACGAGCCUGCGGUGGAGUUUUUCUCCAGUGAAGUGAUGAUUCAUCCGGUCACCAACAGACCUCAAGACAAGAGAAGCUUCAUCCCGUCACUCAUCGAGAAAGAGAAGGUCGGGAAAUUGGUUCAUGCCAUAAAAAUGGGCUGGAUCAAGCCACGCAGACCCGCCGAGACCACCCCGCAAUACUACGACCUGUGGGCCAAAGAAGAUCCCAACAGCAUCCUGGGACGACACAAAAUGCACGUCCCCGCACCCAAGAUGAAACUUCCAGGUCACGAGGAGUCGUAUAACCCACCUCCGGAGUAUCUGAUGUCAGAGGAAGAGAGGUUGGCAUGGGAGCAGCUGGACCCGGAGGACAGGAAGUUGAAUUUUCUGCCGCAGAAGUUCGCCUGCCUGCGGGCCGUCCCCGCGUACUCGCGAUUCAUUCACGAACGCUUCGAGCGAUGUCUCGACCUGUAUCUGUGUCCACGUCAGCGCAAGAUGAGGGUGAAUGUGAAACCAGAAGAUCUGAUCCCCAAACUGCCCAAACCCAAAGACCUGCAGCCCUUCCCAACCACACAGUCUCUGGUGUAUCUCGGUCACUCCAGUCUGGUCCGGAGCAUCAGUGUCUCUCCCAGUGGACAGUGGCUCGUGUCCGGCUCCGAUGACUGCACUGUGCGUUUCUGGGAGGUCAGUACAGCGCGCUGCCUGAAGACCUUGGAGGUGGGCGGAGCAGUGAAGGGCGUGGCCUGGAACCCCAAUCCUUCCGUCAGCCUGGUGGCUGUAAGCUUUGAUAACACCGUGCUCCUCUUGAACCCUGGUCUGUGUGACCGGCUGGUGUCUAAUUCUACGGAUCAGCUCAUCUCCUCUUAUGAGGAUCCAGAAGAAUCGAAAGAUCAGCCGGUUCAGUGGACCGUCUCAGAGGGUGAAGAUCACGAGCAGGGUCACCGUCUCGCCCUCCAACACCCCAAGGCCGUGCGGCAGGUGACGUGGCACGGGAAGGGAGACUACCUGGCGUGCGUCAUGCCCGACAACACCAGUAAUCUGCAGGUGGUCAUCCACCAGGUGAGCAAACGGCGGACGCAGAACCCCUUCCGCAAGAGCAAGGGUCUGGUGCAGUGCGUGUCCUUCCAUCCCAUCAGGCCGUAUUUCUUCGUGGCCACGCAGCGCUACGUACGCGUGUACAACCUCAUCAAACAAGAGCUCACCAAGAAACUGAUGACCAACUGCAAGUGGAUCUCCAGCAUGGCCGUCCAUCCCGGAGGCGACAACGUGAUAUGCGGGAGCUACGACUGUCGUCUGGCUUGGUUCGAUCUGGAUCUGUCCACAAAACCUUACAAAGUUCUCCGACACCACAAGAAGGCUCUGAGGGGCGUGGCCUAUCAUAGACACUACCCACUGUUUGCCUCCGCCUCUGAUGACGGCAGUGUUAUCGUCUGUCACGGGAUGGUGUACAAUGACCUGCUCCAGAAUCCUCUGAUCGUUCCAGUUAAAGUCCUGAAGGGACACAGCGUCACUCAGGACCUGGGUGUUCUGGACGUGACCUUUCACCCCACUCAGCCCUGGGUUUUCUCCUCGGGAGCGGACGGAACGGUCCGUCUCUUCACCUAGAAACGACGAAAACAUCCCAUCUGCGGCCUCAGUAAACCAGAAAUUACACACCAGUUUAGACUGAAUGAAGGUUUUUUUUAGACAAAUCCAUCUCACUGCUCUCCGGGGACAUCAGAACGUUGCUGGCAGAAAUCAAGCGUCUGAUGUGUUAUUGAACAUGUCGUUGUAAUAUGCGUUGGAACCGUGUUUUAGCUUUUUUAUGUUGCGAGAAAAUAUAUCCAGCUGCUUGUAGAUUCCCACAGGACUUUAGUCUAACAUAACCCACACUGUAAGAAAGACGGGCUCGCUUUCAAAAGGCGAAACCGUGAGCGCUCGGGAAGGCCCGUUUCCGUAUCAAGCUCCGCCGGUGCCCCACAGCAAAUCAAGUCCGACCGCUAAUCCUUGGACAAGGAAGCAGAAUAUGAAAUGAAGCAAAAACGGCUGACGACGGAUCGGGCCAAAGGAAACAAGGCGUGAAACGAAGCUGUCGUGAGUUCUCGCAGGCGUCUGUCAUCCUCAUGUGUUUUCAGCGACCUUACCAUGCUUUUCAACAACCAGACGCGCUGAGCUUUUUUUACUCUGUUGACUUGUGAAACCUUGACUUGUAUUUCAGAGACCUGUUGGGUUUUAAUUAAACAUGGUGUUUCUUGAA